AUGGACAUCGAAGCAUAUUUUGAAAGAAUUGGUUAUAAGAACUCUAGGAACAAAUUGGACCUGGAAACAUUAACUGACAUUCUUCAGCACCAGAUCCAGGCCAUUCCCUUUGAGAACCUUAACAUCCACUGUGGGGAACCCAUGGAAUUGGGCUUGGAGGCUGUUUUUGAUCAACUUGUGAGGAAGACCCGGGUUGAUGCUGGGUUUGGACGCUCUUACCAGAUAUGGCAGCCUCUGGAGUUAAUUUCUGGGAAGGAUCAGCCUCAGGUGCCGUGCAUCUUCCGCUUGACAGAAGAGGGAGGAACGUGGUACCUGGACCAAAUCAGAAGAGAGCAGUACGUUCCAAACCAAGAAUUCCUUAAUUCUGAUCUCCUGGAAAAGAAAAAGUACAGAAAGAUCUACUCCUUUACGCUUGAACCUCGAACAAUUGAGGAUUUUGAGUCCGUUAAUGAAUACCUUCAGACGUCUGCAGCAUCUGUGUUUACAAGCAAGUCAUUCUGUUCCUUGCAAACCCCAAAUGGGGUUCACUGUUUAGUGGGCUUCACCCUCACCUUUAGAAAAUUCAAUUAUAAGGACAAUAUGGAUCUGGUGGAGUUUAAGACACUGAAUGAAGAAGAAAUAGAAGAAGAGCUGAAAAAUAUAUUUAAUAUUUCCUUAGAGAGAAAGCUUGUGCCCAAACACGGUGAUAAAUAUUUUACCAUUUAGAGUAAGGAGUAGAAACGGUCUUCAGUAUUAUUUCAGGUACUGGAACUUCUUACCAUAAAAAAAUUCAAAUAAAUAUAAAAAUAGAGAGAAUAAAAUAACAAACCCCUAUUUAUCACCAAUUUUACCAACUAUCAACUGGCAGCCUCUCUCUUAAAUUUCCUUAGUGACCCCACAUGAUAUUAAAGAAAAUCUUAGCCAUCCAAUCAUUUUCAACCUUAAAAAUGUUAGCACAUGUAGUUAGAAAACAUUUAAAAGAAACAGAACCACAUGUCUUUUCAAAAUUAACAAUAAUAAAGGCAUUUAAAAGGUUUUCGUGGGAGAGAAUAGUGAUUUCUGCUAGAAAAGCAUCCAUGCUGAUUGAAUGUUGAAUUCAUAAAAAAUGUUUACCCAUGGUUCAGUAAAUGGAAAAUUGAGGAUACAGUUUUUAUUAAACUCAACAUGAAUAUGUGCCUAUCUUUAAAAUUCCACAUAUGUAAUUUAGGAUUAGAAUUCAAAAGAGAAGAAUGAGGCAUGAUAUUGCUUCCUAAUAGUUCUCAAGACAAGGUUUAAACCAACACAUAGUAAUGUGUGAUUAAGCACUCAGAGAGAGACACAGCUAAUAAUUUCUUACAUGGUGCUUUUGCAACCACAGUUCUUUAUGUAGCAUUUCCUUAAUAUAGAUACACUGAUAUUUAGAAAUUUUCAAAUCCCUGAAUUAAGUCACUUUGUCUAAAAGUAAAAAUGAUUGUGAAUUUUAAAAUACUUAUCUGUAAAAACUUGAUGUCUAUAAGGACGUUAAACAUUGUUGGCUAAUACGAUGUCAGUCUCGAAGUGCGUGUUUUGCAGAGUUAGGAGACAAUGGGCUAGGACUUCCUUGCAUCCACUUUCUUAUCUCGCAGUUAUUUUCUUUUACUUCCUCCCAUAAUUUGUCAUAAGAAUGUAUAGACCUGAGUGCAGAUCCUGUGGACACUGGGUGAAUAACUUCAUGAAUCUGUGGCUCUGAUCUCUUGGAGGUAAAAUGGGG